AUGUACACCGAGACGGAAGCAUUUUUAGAAGGUAUUCAUCGACAAAUGAGUGUUAUCUUAACCGACCAUCUAGCCUACGUUCUAACCACAGUUCUUAACCGUCUUGCACGUUAUGAUGAAGGCAACCUUAUCUCGUCGAUUCUCACUCUUGCCAAACCAGUUGACGAAGACGGCCGCAGUUACACCCAUUUCAUCAGUGCCAAUCUGCAGAUUUUGUGCCAGAAUCUUGUUGACGAUGUCUAUCUCCUCUCCCUAUUUGAAAACUGGUACACGAGCCAACUGAGGUUGAUCCAGGAGUGGCUUACACAACGACGAAAUAAUGUAUUACACGCUUAUCAAAUCAAAUGUUUAGCUACAAUUGUGAGGAAAGUGUUCUCGGACUUUGAGCUCCAGGGUGUGGCGACGCAUGUUUUGGAAAAUAUGACAUACAAGAACGUUUGUCACCGACUUCAGGUUGAGGAAGCAACACUAUCCGUUUCAUCAAGCACAAGAGAAAUCUCUCCUUCCUCAACACAAUCAGCAGCAAUAAUAGACGGACGUCAGAACCUAAUACGAGCAAUUGGUGGUGGUUUGAGUUCCCUGGCCCAAGGUGCUGGUCUACGACAUCGCCAGAAUUAA